AUGAACAGCUCUCGUUCUCGAGAUCCUUCCAAGGAUGUCCUUGACGCCGGUUCACAGCAGAAUGGCAGGAUGGUCAGUGACUCGCGCAACGGCUACGAAGGCAGUACGAACACCAGUGUGACCACCAGUACCGCCGGCAUGACCCGCGCCCAAAAGUUUGAAGACGAGAAGAGGAGGAUUAUCGAGAGCUGCUUCUCCAAGAAGGACCCAGAUGGCUCCCCGAGCGAAUCAUACAUAACACACAUUCAGAUUACCGAGGAUGCUCUAUACCCCUCGUCUCCAGCCCCGCCCGAUUCAGGUCUCGAGAACAAAAAGUCUCGAGUCAUUGUUGUCGCAGUCCGCAAAUCUGGCCGCGUCCGGGUUCACAAGGCGCGCGAGAAUAGUUCCGGCUCUUUCUCGAUUGGAAAGACAUGGAAUCUUGAUGAUCUAGGUCCGCUUCAGUCAUGGACCGGCGCGGUGCCAAAGACUGCGGACGAACACCAGCAGAAGAUGUGGGCUUCGGACGUCGGCUUCACCGUAACACUGGGCAAGCCUUAUUAUUGGCAGGCUUCCACUUCAGGGGAGCGAGAAUUCUUCAUUGGCAGCCUCAUAAAAAUCUACCGGAAAUACACUGGGGGGAAAGUACCGGAUAUGAUUGGAUUUGAUCCGGCAGAACAAGAGCAACUUGCCGGAGUGCCUGUAACCCGGACCAACGCUGAACCGCAAGCUAGAUCACCGCCUCCCAGGCCGAAUGUUCCUCCUCCGGCGCCUUCAUCUGGAUCCAAUCACCCGAAAUCUCCGUUUGCCGCCCGAGUACCCAGCAGGGAAGGAGACCGUUCAGGAAGUCGAAAUGGAUUGAGACCGCUAGAUCGUGAUGGCCAGCGAACUCCCAACGGAGAAGAGUUACGCUCCCCUCCUCGCGGAGAAUUUCGAACUCCUAGUAGAGAGGGACAGCGAGAUCAAGUGCAGGUCCGUCGACAACAGCCACCUGGUCAGGAAUCAAUACCAGGCGUUCUCAACCAAAGUGGUCUUCCUAAACCCCGGCCCCCUUUUAGUGCCAACUCCUCUCAGUCAUCGCUACCAUCUGCUCUAGGGCUGCCCAGCAAUCCUCGCUCUGGUGUAAACGCACCAUCAUCAACACCUCAGAACGACGACGCGCUUCGUAGAUUGGCAGGGCGGCCUAGUGAUAGUUCGUUGAUUAACAGAAGCGAAGAUGGUACAUCUACUUCCUCACGGCCAAGCACUGCUGCAUCUGCUGUCAAGCCACUUGACACGAGGCUGGAGAGGAAGUUGACUCCCGACCUGUCACAAGAGAUCGUCCCUGAGAGGAGACGGCCACCAUAUCAGAGGCCAGCUGGCAGUUUUGGGCAGGCAUCUGGCCAAAGUGACGUAAGCAGCAAGUUCUCUACGCCAAUGGCAACACCCACACAUGUAAAGAGUGAUUUGCGGUCGUCUUCACGGGGCCGUGACAAAGUGCGAAACGAGCCCAGCACAGACUCACCCAGUAUGCCCGGCUACUUCCCAUCGCCUACAGAACCAGAAUCUGCAGUCCAAGACCCGUCACCCAUCACAUCACCUAACAGCCUCCCUCCUCGUGAUGAAGCCAUGAUGUUCACUUCACCCACCGAGUCCCCCAUUACCAGUCCCACGCCUCAACCCGAAGAGGAUUACCGGCCUGGGCUGGGACCGAUGAUGAGGAAGAAAAAGUCAAGUAAGGAAAUUGCAAACCACUUCCGAAAGGCAGCAAUGGCCGCAGGUGCCUUCAAACCGCGCGCUGGCGGUGCAGCAGAGCGCUUGUUAGCCCAGAAGGAGAAGGCUUCGAAUGAGCCGGAUGGCAUCACGGGUGUAGUUCCUGCUCCUCUGCUGCGAGGCCCAAGCAACGAUAGCAGAGGUGGAAGCCCGGCUAUCCUCUCUCCUGCGUCUGAUGUUGUGUCGCCUCCAGCUAACAGGCCGAUGCCUACCAUUCAGCUACAGAGAACCCCAACAGAAGAGCAGCCCCAAGCCAAAAACGCAGAAAACAAAAUGCCCCGACCUCCAUCUCCAGACAAACCUCGAUCAAGGUCGCCAGGGAGGCGACGUCGCCAACUACAAGAGGCUAGAAUUGCUAAAUACUGCAAUGCACUUGGCAUUGACUCCAAGGUCAUUGAAGGUCGUGGAGGGGACUUUGAUGACCUACUUACCGAGAUUGGCUGGGAUGGGAAGCUCCCAGAAGACAAGAAAAUCGAGGAUUUCGAAGCCGAUGUUCGUCGAGAAAUUGGUCGAGCACAAGCCAGCGGUUGGCUUGGCCACAUUGAGCAACAAGAAGGGAAACUAGAGCAGCUGGGCAAACUGUUUGACAGAACCAUCGAAGAAUGCGAUGAGUUGGACGGACUCCUCACAUUGUAUUCGCAUGAGCUCAACACCCUUGCAGAGGAUGUGGCAUAUAUCGAGGCGCAGUCUCAAGGUUUGCAAGUUCAGACUGCCAACCAGAAACUGUUGCAGGUCGAACUGCAGAACUUAUUGAAGACCAUCUCGAUAUCUUCAGCGGAUCUUCGGGAUCUGCGUGAAGCUUCACUUGGUACUCCUGAGGGGGUUGAGGCCGCCGAACAAUCAUUGACGGUUCUGUACAAAGCGAUGAUUACCAUUGACCCGGACAUCAGGCAGAAUAAAAAGCGAAAAGCAGAUGCAGCAGCUGGGAACAGGAGCGAUGUUGGUGUCUACGCUGAUACUGAAAUUGGCCAGAUGCGAGCUGUUCGGGAGAAGAAAGAAGACUAUCGAGAAGAGACAUCGAUGUUUCUGAAGCGGCUCUCCCAGUACAUGUCGAUGGCAUUCAAGACAGUAGAAGCACGAACCAGCGAGAGUGUGGAGAGAGCUCGAGCAAACGCGAUCAUCUCCGCCACCAGCCUAGACUCCAAGCUCCAUGACACAUCCAGGCAAGAGUUGUGGAUGUAUAAUGCUCUCAUGUUGUUUGUUCGCGAGGUGAAUUCCUAUGAAUGGCAGACCUUGAUAUCGACCUAUGAGACUUACACCAAACCGAUAUAUCAAGAGCAAUUUCGAGACCAUGUCCUUGCAUGGAAGAAAGUCACACGGAAGUCGAGCGGGGAUGAGCAGGACUACCUGUUCACGAGCCAAGAGAAAGAAAAGCUGGAUGAUGGCAUCACCACCGCUGCACGGAAGUUGACUGUCAAACGGGGUAAGACAGUGCGAGUCGCAGGCUCUCUGGGGAAAUCGGCAAGCGACAAACGGGAUGGGAAAGUUGAUGCCUAUGAAGCUGUUGCAGGAGUACUCGAGGGCCAGCUCAGACUGAUCUCCGAGGAACAGAACUUUAGUGUUUCGUUCUUCCAUCUUACCUCUUUGUCGAACGUGGAUUUCGCCGAGAUUGUCGCUGGAAGACCGCCAGCACAGCGUCGACUACCCAAUCUCUCUGCCAGACAAACCUAUGAUCCAGAUCGGGAUAUGGCUAAGAUGGUGGAGAGGAUGAUGGACAGCAUCUAUGCCUUCUGGCCCACUGACAUGCAAAACCUAGUCGAGUGGGCUCUACGCAGCGAUCAGUUACAAGGCAUAGGCAUUCUCUACUCCCUCGAACGUUCCCUCCUCACCUUCGAAGACACAAACCAAGAAUACCUAACCCGCACCCUCCGCACCCUUCACAACCGCCUCCUCGGCCUCUUCCACCGCUUCAUCGACGACCAAGUCCGCGGCAUCGAAGACACCAAGGUCAAACUCAAGAAACGCAAAGGAGUCAUCUCUUUCAUGCGCACCUUCCCCAAUUUCUCCGCAGCAGUAGAAAGCAUGCUCCCGCACACCAUCAACACCACCACAGGCACCGCAGGAAUGGGAAACGGAAAUGAACCGCUCGAAAUCCGCCUGAUCGUCAACGAAGCCUACAGCAAACUCAACAAAGCAAUGUGGGAAUGCCUCAACUUCAUCGCCAAGGACGAACCGUCGGUAAGCUCGACAUCAGCCAGCCACGCCGCCGGGCACGGAGGUGGCAUCCACGUCGGCAGCAUCUCCGCCGCGCACGCCAUCGCGGGCAACAACAACGACCCGGAAGACAAGGAGGCGCUGAACUACCACAUCCUGCUCAUCGAGAACAUGAACCACUACCCCUCGAAGAAAUCGACGCGCGCUCCAACCCGAUCCUGA